AUGGAGGUUCCCAAGUGCAGCACACAUUCCUGCCCCAAGUUCCGGUCUCAGCUUUGGGCGCUUGCUUGCUCUCCUUGGAGCUCAGAGAAGAACAGUGAAAGCUGCACUGCGCCUCUUCAGUGUGAGGCCUUAAGCAACUAUAAGGAAAUGGAUGCACAGCCUUCCGCCAACAGCGGUCCAGCCUCUCUGCGCAAACAUCAGACCUUCCUUUCAGCAGCUGCCGUAAACAGUUGGGUGAAGCCUCCUCCUCCUCCUCCUCCUCCUCCACCACCACCACCAGAGGAAGAAUAUAGCUGUGAGUUUGGGUCACUAAAGUAUCUGAUGCUAUGUUCCCUGGGCGGUGUCGUGAGCUGUGGAUUGACUCACACAGCAGUAGUGCCACUAGAUGUGGUGAAAUGCCGGAUGCAAGUGGAACCUAACCGCUACCGGGGGCUUGUGCAAGGCCUUACUCUUACUGUGCAAGAGGAAGGAAUGCGUGGUCUGGUCAAGGGAUGGGCCCCAACAGCCAUAGGUUACUCCAUGCAAGGGCUUGGCAAGUUUGGCCUUUAUGAGACCUUUAAGAUACAUUAUUCUGACUUGUUGGGUCCCGAAUAUGCUUAUCUGUGGCGGACCAGCCUCUACUUGGCUGCCUCAGCCAGCGCUGAGUUAUUUGCUGACAUUGCUCUGGCCCCAAUGGAAGCAGUCAAGGUACGGAUUCAGACCCAGGAAGGCUAUGCCAACACGCUGCGGGAUGCCGUUCCAAAGAUGUACCUGGAAGAGGGGCUGUGGGCUUUCUACAAAGGAGUGUCUCCACUCUGGAUGCGCCAGAUCCCUUAUACCAUGAUGAAGUUUUCCUGUUUUGAACGAACUGUAGAGGCUCUCUAUAAACAUGUCAUGCCCAAGCCCCGUGAUCAGUGCACCAAAAUGGAACAACUUGGAGUCACCUUUGUUGGUGGCUAUAUCGCUGGCAUCUUCUGUGCUAUAGUCUCACAUCCAGCUGACUCUGUGGUAUCUGUGCUCAACAAAGAAAAGGGUAGCACUGCCGUUGAAGUCCUCAAGAGGUUGGGCAUGUAUGGCAUCUGGAAAGGCCUCUUCACCCGCAUCCUGAUGAUUGGUACCCUCACUGCCCUACAAUGGUUCAUCUAUGAUUCAGUUAAAGUUUACCUCAAGCUUCCUCGGCCCCCACCGCCUGAGAUGCCUGCCUCUUUGAAAGAGCGUUUGUCAUCAAAAUAG